AUGGAGCCCGGCGUUCCUUGUCGUCGGUGCAGCUACUGCCGCAACGGCAGCUACUUCAUCUGCCCAAACAUGAUCUUCGCCGCAACGCCCCCCAUCGACGGUACAUUGGCCAAGUACUACAUCAACGCCUCAGACUUCUGUUACAAGGUCCCUGAUAGCGUAUCUAUGGAAGAAGCGGCCAUGGUGGAGCCGCUUUCGGUGGCGUGUGCAAUCUGCGAGACGGCUGAUCUGAGACCGCACCAGACUGUGCUCGUUCUGGGAUGUGGCCCCAUAGGAGUCUUGUGUCAAGCCGUGGCGAAGCUUUGGGGCGCCGGCAAGGUUGUUGGGGUUGAUGUCGUAGAGAAGAGGCUCGAAGUCGCCAAGAGCUACGGCACCGACGUCACGUAUACCCCUCCUCGUGCUGGAGAAGGCGUUGACCCGAUGGCUCAUGCAGAGACUAUCGCUGCGAAGAUGAACGAGGAGUUGGGUCUGGAAGAUGGCGCCGAUGUAGUGCUUGAGUGCUCCGGUGCGGAGGCUUGUAUACAGCUCGGCGUGUUUGCGGCGAAGAAGGGCGGAACGUUUGUGCAGGCGGGCAUGGGCAAAGACGUAGUUGCUUUCCCAAUCACCGCAGUUUGCACAAAGGCGCUAUGCGUCAAGGGCUCGAUAAGGUACAAGGCCGGUAGCUACCCGGCUGCGAUUGAGCUUCUUUCUGGUGGCAAGAUUGAUGUCAAGAGAUUGGUAACGCAUAGGUACAAGUUUGAGCAGGCCGAGGAGGCGUUCGAGUUGGUCAAGGCUGGAAGGCCGGAUGUGUUUAAGGUUAUGAUUGAGGGUGUUCUUGAGUAG